AUGUUGCCAAGAUCCGAUCUUGAUAACGUCGAGGGUAAAGAUCGUCGAGUCGAUGAAGAAAAUGCUAAAUUGAAACCAACUACAUGUGGAAUUCAUUUUGGAGCUACUCGUUGUUGUUGUUGCGUCUAUCAUGAUUCAGAUGAUGGCUUUGAAUUGAACAAUACUUCAACAAACACCAUUCAAAAAUACGAAAUAAUUCCUAAUGAAUUUGGGGAGUUAACAAGCGGAUGUGUUCUUUCGUUUGUCGGAGAGGAUGUAGAUUUUCCUCAAAUAGGAAACAAUUUUGUUACAAGGCCACUGGCAAAGCAUUCCAUCGACGAUAUUGUCAUGGAUUUGAAAAAAAUUAUUGGCCGCAAAUUUUCAGAUCCCGUUUUACAGAAUAAUUCAAGAUUCUAUCCUUUUAAUGUUGUUGAAGGGCCCAAUGAUGAACCAUAUAUCAAUGUAAAGAGUAGAAUGGAUAUGUUUGCUCCAGAGCUAUUGACUUCGUUUAUUUUUAAAUAUAUCACACAAGCUAUGUUACCUUUGUCAGGUUACGAUUGCAGUGAACGUGGAACGGUUUUAAGCACGCCAUGUUACUUUACUGAAACACAAAACCAGGCUCUUCGAGAAGCAUGUGAAUUUAACGGCGUACCUGUAUUAGACAUUGUAAGGGAUUCUGAAUGUGCAUGCUUGGCCUAUAAUUUAGAAAAAUCAUGUUUCAACGAAUAUGUGUUAACUUUUGGCUUGGGAGGUAGUGCCUUACUGGUAUGUGUGGAAUAUAUCAAUGAGCGUGGUGAGAUUGAGCUGAAAGGAUUUGACGGAGAUAGUUUUUUGGGAGGUGAUGAUUUUGAUAACACCCUUGUGAAGUAUGCUUGUGAAGAAUUUCUUAAAACACAUAGCCAAUACAAAAUUCCUGCAAGAUCAUUGCGAACUUUAAAAUAUGAAUGUGAGAAAGCAAAAAUCGAUUUAUCGCUUACUGAGAACACUUCUAUUCAUAUCAAAUCUCUGAUAACUGAACCCAGUAUUGACUUUUCCAUCGAUAUUUCUCGCAAAUUGUUUGAAGAUUUGAACGCAACACUAUUUAAUACAUGUGUUGACACCAUACAGCAAUUGUUGAGUGAUUUAAAGCUUGGAAAGUCACAAAUUAGUAAGAUAGUACUUUUGGGAGGAUCGUGUAAUAUUCCCAAAGUUAAGGAACUUUUGAGUGCCUAUUUUAAUAUACCCUCGUGCUCACCAGAGAGCUCAAAUACUUCAUGCCAAAACACGGCUCUUCUUGACAGUAUUCCACCCGAACAUGUCAUCGCAGUUGGUGCAGCUAAAAAAGCCAGCAUGCUUCACAACACUAGAAAACAGUCAGCAAUACCUUUGCCGACAUUUGUAGAUAUUAAUCCAAUAUCUAUUGGAAUAGAAGUUUAUGGAAAUUAUAUGACCAAUAUUUUAGAAAGAAACUGCUACAUUCCAUGUACAAGCAGCAUCAUGAUAACUCCUUGCUGUAAGAAUCAAGACAAAAUAUCCUUAAAGUUUUUAGCAGGUGAAAGAUUAUUAUCGAAGGACAAUAUCACCUUGUUUCAAACUGAUUUACAGUGUCAAGAUGGCUCAGACAACAAGAGUGGCAAGGAGAAUAAGGAAUCUACACGGACCUUUAAAAUUGAAUGUGAAGUUAAUAUAAGCUAUCAAUUGCUGAUAAGAGUUUAUGAAUGGCGUAAGGACGAGGUCAACACUCAGUGCUCAACCACUCUCAAAGUUUCACACACAAUUGAUAAUUAUUCUCAAAUAUUGAGCCAAGAAGAUAUCUUCUCCAUGAUCAAACAAGCUUCUCUCACACAAUCUCAAGACGUGCUAGCACUUCGAAUGAUUCACUCCAUGGUUGUUCCUUCCCUCAUUGAAAAUCCAAAUAGUACUGCAUGUCGCCGUCUUCCAAACACAAGCAUCAGGUAA